CCCCAGGGGGGCAGGGCUGGCUCCGCUUCCCUCCCCGCUGGUUCCCCGGCCGGCCGGGCCGCGCCGUACCCUACUGCCCCGCGGCGCCCCGGGGACCAUGAGCCUCUUGCGGGACGUCUCCCUGCUGGACCCCCGGCUCCGCUACGAGCUGAUCCAGCGCAUCGGGGCGGGCACCUACGGCGAUGUCUACAAGGCCCGGGACACCCAGACAGCAGAGCUGGCUGCCAUAAAGAUCGUCAAACUGGACCCAGGGGAUGACAUCAGCUCCAUCCAGCAGGAGAUCACAACGCUCAGGGACUGCGGGCACCCCAACGUGGUGGCGUAUUUCGGCAGCUACCUCAGGAAUGACCGUCUCUGGAUCUGCAUGGAGUUCUGCGGAGGAGGAUCCCUGCAGGAAAUCUACCACACCACAGGCCCCCUCUCUGAGAAGCAGAUUGCCUAUGUGUGCAGAGAAACGCUGCAGGGCCUGAGCCACCUACAUACCAAAGGCAAGAUGCACCGGGACAUAAAGGGAGCCAAUAUCCUACUCACCCUCUUUGGAGAUGUGAAACUGGCGGAUUUCGGAGUCUCAGCUGAACUGACAGCAUCAGUGGCGAAGCGGAAGUCCUUCAUUGGGACCCCCUACUGGAUGGCCCCUGAGGUGGCCGCAGUGGAGAAGAAGGGCGGCUACAACCAGCUGUGUGACAUCUGGGCCAUCGGCAUAACGGCCAUUGAGCUGGCUGAGCUGCAGCCCCCGCUCUUCGAUCUUCACCCCAUGAGGGCCCUGAUGCUCAUGUCCAAGAGCAGCUUCCAACCCCCUAAACUGAAAGACAAAGCUCAUUGGUCCCCAGAAUUCCACCACUUCCUCAAACUGGCCCUGACAAAGAACCCCAAAAAGCGACCCACAGCGGAAAAGCUGUUACAGCACCUGUUCACCAGCCAGCCCCUUGCCCGCACCCUGGCCAUCGAGCUACUCGACAAGGUCAACAGCCCUGACCUGGCUGCCCCGUCCCUGGACGAUGGAGAUUUUGAGGUUUACGACAUCUUCCCAGACAAAAUCCAUUCCCGUGGGGCACAUGGCCAGGCAGAACGGACUCUCUCUGAAAUCCAGUUUAAUCAAGUUAAAUUUGGGCCCCCACUGAGAAAAGAAACGGAACCAUAUUGUGGUCUGAGGGAAGAGGAGGAUGAUUGGACGUUGCUAGGAGCUGAAGAGAGUCUCCUGCAGUCUGUGGAGGAGGCGUUGGAGGAAAGGAGUUUGACCAUUCGCCCAGCGUCUGGACGGGUCCCCACCCCAGAGGAUCAGCCUGUGGACCCUCACUGCAUCCCUGAGAACGAGACGGGAACAAUCAAGAGAGCGUCACUAUGGGACCUGAUGAAUUGGGAGCUGGGGGGCACGGAGCCUGGGGGUGGCUCAGGGACCAUGAGACAGGCCCCAGCAGGCAGCCCAGAGUCAGGUGACGUCCAACCCCCCCUGCACACUGGCUCCCCAGAGCCUGGAGCCUCUCUGCUUUCCACCGAAUGGGCCACCAUGAAGAGGAGGGAGGAGACAGAGAGAUCCAGCUGCCAUGGGCUGCCCCCCACCCCCAAGGUCCAUAUGGGUGCUUGCUUUUCCAAAGUCUUUAAUGGCUGCCCUCUAAAGAUCAACUCAGCUGUGACGUGGAUCCACCCAGAGACACGAGAUCAGUACCUGGUGGUAGGGGCUGAGGAGGGGAUUUACACACUCAACCUGCAUGAACUCCAUGAGGACACCAUGGAGAAGCUCCUGCCCCACAGGUGCUUCUGGCUGUACUGUAUGAACAACGUGCUGCUCUCCUUAGCAGGGAAAUCCUCCCAGAUCUCCUCUCACAACCUCCUGGGCCUCUUUGAGCAGCGGAGGCAGCUGCAGAAGCGGCAGGUCCCCCUCUCCAUUGCCACCAACCGGCUGACUGAGCGCAUCAUCCCCAGGAAGUUUGCGCUCUCCUCCAAGAUAGCGGAUACCAAGGGCUGCCUCAAGUGCCGAGUGGUUCGGAACCCCUAUUCCGGCAACACCUUCUUGUGCGCCGCUCUUCCCUCGAGCCUGGUGCUGUUGCAGUGGUACGAGCCCUUGCAGAAGUUCAUGCUGCUGAAGCACUUUCCUGCAGUCCUGCCCAUGCCCCUGAGCCUGUUUGAACUGCUUGUGGUGGAGACGGAAGAGUACCCCCAGGUGUGUGUGCGUGUCGUGGACCGAAACCGGCCGGGCCAGGAGCUGGAGUUUAACGUCCUCUCGCUCAGCACCAACUCCAGCCUCAGCACCGAGCCCUCUGCAGAUGUGGCCUCCAGUGUGGCCUGCCACGUGACUCAGAUGGACAGAGACACAGUCCUCGUUUGCUUUGAGCACUAUGUAAGGACAGUGAACCUGUAUGGGGCCCCCAAGAGAGCCCUGGCCCCAGAGCUGACCUUCAACUUCCCCAUUGAGACAAUUGUGUGCCUUCAAGACAGCGUGCUGGCCUUCUGGAAACAUGGCAUGCAGGGCCGCAGCCUGGAGGGCAACGAGGUGACCCAAGAAAUCACAGAUAAAUCCAGGGUGUUCCAGGUGCUGGGGGCCAACAGAGAUAUCAUCCUGGAGAGCACGCCCACAGAGAAUCCCUUGGCUCACAGCAACCUCUACAUCCUAACGGGACACGAGAGCAGCUACUGAGCGUGUGGAACUGCCUUUCCAAUAUCCCGUGUGGAUGGGGAAAUCCUGCUGUGAUGUUUAAACUGCUGAUAGCUGAGAAGCUCAGUGGAGGCGCACAAGUAGUGGGAGCCUCGGGGAACUAUGAGCGGGGCCUGUCUUCUGUUGCGGGAAUCCAUGUCAGAUGAGUUCUACGCUAUAAACUCUACAGUCCACUUGUCCUAUUGUCCAAAGUCUUCCUGAGAUACCCCUGCUUUUCAGGAACGUAUGGAGAGAUUCCCUCUCCCCUUUUAGGGCCAGCGUCUCCUGAGACCCUUGUCUGCAAUAAUUGACUACAGCCAGUCCAAAGACACCUCCGCAGUCUGUCUUGACAGAUAACUGUGCCUGCGGAAUGCUUUCUCCCCCCAUUCCCAACCCUAAGAAGAUGUCUUCUGGAGACAUAGGGUGUGAAAGUGUCCUCUUCCUUCAGCUUCAACAUGAAGACAAUCAGUUUUCCAGUGGGUGCAUUGUGUUCCCUAUGUAGCACUUAAGGUCCAGAAAUCUGGCACAUGCCUUCAGCUGCAAAAGGAGUGGGAAAGCAAUUCUGUGUCUCAUCAUUCAAGUUGUGAGCAACAAGCAAUGCCUGAGGUGGGACAAACCUAUUGAAUUUAAUCAGUGGCCGGGAUACCUGUUUGACUAUAUUGGUAAUGGUUGGGCCGAUUGCUUAGCUUGAUGGGUUUUGAUGGGGGAAUGAGUGGGAUGGCUAGUUGAGCAUCCAGAUUGGCUGGUUUGAGCAGCUGGCUGGUGGCUUGGUGGCAGAGAGAGCUUGAGUGCUUGCUGGUUGGGUGUGGUGAUUAUUAGGAUGGGUUUGGUUGAUGGGGCAGGUACAGUGGCUAGGUGAGGGACUUGGUUACUGAGCAGGCCAAUUGUUUGGUAGAGUGGGUGGCUGAUUGGUGUAAAGAGGUUUGAGUGUGUCUGCUAUGGAGGGGCUGGGUGCAUGGCUGGCAUGACUGCUAUUUUGAGUGUGAAAAGAUGGGUGGGUGGAUGACUGCUUUGAAAUGAAGCAGAGUGCUUCAUACUGGGAGGCAGUAUGUUGCAUUGGCUGGCUGCUAGGAUGCCUUGUUCUUUUGCUACCUUGGAAACCAGUGCCAACCCCAAAUGCCAAUGUGACAGAGACCAGGAUCCUGGGGCCAAUGGCUCUACUAACUCAGGCAGUGGAAGCUUCCCUUUCCGUUUUGCUAAUUUCUCUGUGUUUUUUAACUGAAAGCUGGAAUUUAUGGAUAAAAGAAACCAAACUUGAAAAAAAUAUGCUAUUUAAAAGAUAAAGAGACAUUGAUAUUAAACCUUUCA